GAGAGCAAAUUAUUGGAUUUUAUCACUGAGCUAAAAACCCUUCAAAAACCCAGCACAAUUCCAAAAAACAGCUGCAUAGAUAACUGAGAAGACAGCAAAUACUUAAGUGGGAAGAAAAGAGAAAUGGAUCCGGGAAGUUCCGGGUACAAGGACUAUGUAGCGGGUCUAAUGGCCGGUAUUGCUAUGGUUAUUACUGGUCACCCUUUUGAUACUGUCAAGGUGAAGCUCCAGAAACACAAUACAGAAGCUCGUGGAAUAAAGUACAAUAAUGGAUUGCAUUGUGCUGCUAGAAUAUUACAAACUGAAGGAGUUAAGGGGCUAUAUCGAGGAGCUACAUCUUCGUUCAUUGGCAUGGCCUUUGAGAGCUCACUUGUAUUUGGUAUUUACUCCCAAACAAAACUACUGCUGCAGGGUGGACCAGAUGGAGGUAAGCCCCAACCUCGUGCAAUAGUUCCUUCAGCUGCCUUUGGAGGAGCUAUUAUCAGCUUCAUUCUAUGCCCAUCAGAACUGGUGAAGUGUAGGAUGCAAGUUCAAGGUGCUGAUUCUGUGGUACCAAGCUCCAGUAGAUAUAGUGGUCCACUUGAGUGUGCUGUUAAAACUGUAAAAAGUGAAGGGAUCACAGGCAUAUUUCGAGGAGGCUUCACGACUUUACUAAGAGAAUCUUUGGGAAACGCUGUCUUCUUUAGUACAUAUGAAUAUGUUCGUUAUCACUUGCAUCUACAACUGAAAGGUGCUUCCUCUGAGUCAAGCCACUUGGUUGAUGUUGGAGUUGGAAUAAUGAGUGGUGGUCUCGGUGGUAUAGCAUGUUGGUCAGCAGUUCUGCCGUUGGAUGUAGCAAAAACUAUAAUUCAGACUACCCCAGAGAAAAACCAUACGAGAAAUCCGUUUCUCAUUUUAAAAUCGAUUUAUGGGAGAUCAGGUCUUAGAGGAUGCUAUACGGGUCUAGGUCCUACAAUUGUGAGAGCUUUUCCUGCUAAUGCAGCUGCAAUUGUCGCAUGGGAGUUGUCUGCCAAAUUGUUGGGAAUCAAGCGUGAUUUGAACUAAAACGCUGUCGGAGUCCACCAAUAAGUACUGCUGGAGCCUUUGCAUGAAAUUCACAGACCUUGUGGCGGCGAUGGUAUGUCUUGGCAUUUGCCAUAUCUGCAGUGCAGUCC